UCCUCCUCCUCCUCCCCCUCCCCCCCACCAUCGCGCCAUGUCCAUGGUCAUCUCCCGCUCGUCCUCCGUCCUGGAUGGCUUCGACUCCCGUGGUGGGCUGCCCUCCCCCGUCGGCUCCGGGCACCAUCACCAUCACACUUUCAAUCACACCGCCGGGUCGCCCUACGCCUCGGUCUCCCCGACGUCCCCCCUGCCGACUGGCUUCUCGCCGGCCAAAUCGUCCUCUUCGCGCUUUUUCAAACCCCUGCGCCGCCUGCGUUUCCCCCGGUCACGCAAUGCCCCGGUGCCCAACACCGCCGCCUCGGCCCCGAACUCCCCUCUGUCCACGUCGGCCGCUGUCGCGGCGUCUCCCGGCGGCCCGGUUGCCCCUCUUUCUCACACCGCCACCAAUGCGACUGGCGGCUCCGGCAUGCCACACUCGGCCACCGCUUCGCCCCGCGCCCGGCGGUCCCUUGCCACUGCCAUAGGCUAUGGUGCCCAGCGUGACUGUCCCGCGGCCGGUGGACGCCGUGACGCCAAGAUGCGGGCUCCACCCUCGUUCCAGCGCUCCUCCUCGGCUCCCCUCGGGCCCGGGCAUGACAACUCCUUCCCCCUCCCGGUGCACGUGUCCAACCCGUAUGCCGGUGGCCACCCGCUGGCGCCAUCUCCCCGGGCCGGGACCUCCGGGGCCGGGAGCCCUCAUGACACCUUCUCGGCGGCCUCCGGUGCUGGGGCCCCCCCUCGUGCCCGGAAUAUGCCCACUUCGCGUCGGUUCUCCGAGGGCCAUCUUCCCCUGUCGCGCGGGUCCCCCGCUCCCCAGAUCACCGAGACUUCCUUCGUCAGUGUGUCCCGGCGGUCGUCGGUGCCCCUGCUCGCGGCCAAUGGCGAGACCGCCUCGCGUGCUCACUCGCCCAGCCCCUCGCGCAACCCGCUCACCCCGCCCCCCUCCAGCGGCAGUGCCAGCAGCCGAGGCAGCGGCUCGCCCCAGAACCUCCCCCACCCGAUGGCCGCUUCGCCAAUCAUGUUCUCCCCGGAGGACCGCCAGCGCCUGGAGCUUGGCAUCACCCCGCCAGUGCUCAUUGCUCAGCUGGAGCAAAUCAACCAGUACACCAUCCUGCAUGAGAUCGGCAAGGGCACCUACGGCAGUGUGUUCAAGGUCCGCAACAACGAGGACGGCCAGUACUACGCGCUGAAGGCCAUCUCCACCCGGCGCCUGCGCCGGAGUCGCCGGAGCCACAAGCAGGCGGCCCAGCAGCAGCAGCAGCAGCAGCAGCAGCAACAGCAGCAGGCGGCUGCCCAACAGGCUGCCCAAGCCCAGGCCCAGCAGUAUCAGCAGUCCGCGCGGCCAGGCAGCCGCCCGUCCGGCCGCACUGGUGGCCAUCACCAGGAGGAGGCUGGUGCGGCUGACGCGCCGCCGCCCCAGGCUGGUGCCGGGGCCCAGGCCAGCAGUCAGCCCCCUGCCCUGCCGCCGGCCGAGUACAUCGACGACAUGGACCAAAUCCGCAAGGAGAUCGCCAUUCUCAAGAAGAUUUCCAACCACCCAAGCAUGGUCCGACUGAUUGAGGUCAUGUACCACGAGGAGGAGAACAUGGUGUACAUGGUGUUCGACCUGUGCGAAAAGGGCCCGGUCAUGAAGAUCCGCCUUGGCAAGACCACCGAGCACCUGGAGGAGGACCUGGCUCGAAGCCUCUUCCGUCAGCUGGUCCUCGGGCUGGAGUAUCUCCACCAUCAGAAGAUCAUCCACCGGGACAUCAAGCCCGACAACACCCUGCUGACGGCCGACAAUCGCCUGCAAUUGGCGGACUUCGGUGUGUCGCACAUCUUCGAGGGUGACGAUGACUUCCUGCGUUCUUCCACCGGCAGCCCGGCCUUCUACCCGCCGGAGGUGUGCAGCGGCAAUUCGCAGCGUUACCACGGCAAGGCGGUGGAUGUCUGGUCGGCUGGCGUGACGCUCUUUUGCUUUGUCUUCGGCCGCUGCCCCUUCGAGUCCAACAACAUUGUCAAUCUCUUCGACAAGAUCACCAACGACCCGAUCCACUUCGACCGCACCAUCAAUCCCAACCUGGCGGACCUGCUCAAUCGCAUGCUGGCCAAGAACCCGAAGAAGCGCAUCACCCUGCCGGAGAUCCGCAACCAUGAUUGGGUCACCGCCGAGGGGCAUGACCCUCUUCCCUCGGUCGAGGAGAACUGUGGUCUGCUGGAGCUCGAUGUCUCGCCGACCGAGAUUGACGACGCCGUGCGCCCGGUGCUGAAGUUCCGCGAGAAGUUGAUGAACAUCUUCCGGCCCUUCUCCUUCACCUCGUCGCUCAUGUCUUCCAGCUCGAGCAGCAGUUCCUCCACCUCGGCAUCGCGUGCCAGCUCGCCCAGUCCGCAUGUGGCCCCCCCGGCGGCGGUGUCGGCCUCGUGCUCGGCCCUUCCUGCGGGGACGCAGCAGCAUGCCCAGCAGCAUUCCUAUCACCAGUACUCGGGGUACAGCCAUCUGCAGGCCCAGCAGCAUGCCCAGCAGCAAUACCACAUGCAGCAGAUGCAGCAGAUGCAGCAAAUGCAGCAGAUGCAGCAGUACCAGGCCCAGCAGCAGGCCCAGCAGCAGGCUCAGCAGCUGCACGCCCAGCAGCAGCAGCAGCAGCAACUGUCCACCGGUGGUUACACGGCGGUUGUCUCGCCGACUACCUCCUUCUACAUGCCGUCGGCCAUUUCCCCCAGUGCUGCCAGCCCAGUUGUCGGUCCUGCGUCACCCACCUCCUCGACUGCUCACCUCUACAGUCACCACCACCAUCACCAGCAGCAGCAGCAGCAGCAGCAGUUCCACAUGCAGCAGGCGCAGCAUCAGCAUGCCCAAUACUUCCCGGUCCGAUCCGCCUCGACCGGAUAUCUGCCGAGCCAUUCGUCUGCCGGAUCCUCCGCUCCGGCGACUGCCGUGGCCUCUGCCUCGCACUCGAACCUCUCGUAUGCGGCGGCCGGGUCUUCCUCGCAGGCUCAGCAGCAGUACUACCAGCAGCAGUACCAGCAGCAGCAGCAGCAGCAGCUUCUCCAGCAUCAACACUACCAGCAGCAGCAGCAGCAGCAGCAGCAGCAAGCCCCGGCCUCUGUGGUGUAUUCCGCUGACCGCUCCGGCGCUGGCAUCUCCCUGAUGAUCCCCGGCACGACAGCGGUCACCGCGAUGCCUGCUGCCGCUUCGUCGGGUGGUGGCUCUCCCGGGUCUUCCAGUGGCUCGCCCGACUCCUCCUCCUCCUCCUCCUCCUCCUCCAACAAUAGCAGCAACAGCAGCGGGUCGGCUGUUGCUGCUGCCCCCAAGGAAAGCCGCCGCUUGUCCCUCUCGGCCAGCACUCUGAGUCUCUUCACCCGGCGCAAGCACUCGCCUGUGGGUGGGGCGGCUGGCGCGUCGCCGACUCCCUCACCGACUCAGUCGCGCGCCCACUCGCAGCAGCAUCUCCCCCCCCUGCCGCCGGCUGCCACCGGGCAGCAGCAGCAGCAGCAGCAGCAGCAGCAGCCCCGGCGGGCGUCGCCCCCCCUGUCGGCCAUCGACACCAACCUGACGCCCUCCUCCUCGACGAUUUUUGUCAGUCCGGUGUCCACGACGUCGGCCAUGUCCCCCUCCAACUCCCUGGUCUUCUACCCGGCCAUGGAGGGGCCGGCUGUUCUUGGUGGCGCUGAGAGCAGCUCUGCGGCCGCGGCCGCGGCCGCUGCCGGGCACUCGGUCUUCGUCACGGAUGACGGCGAGGGCGAGCCCAGCGAGGUGGUUUACCAGUCCCUCUCGGGCCUGGAGCUGACCGGUCUGUCGGGCAGCGAUGCCAUGAUGGUGGCCGCCGCGGUGGCCGCCGUCGGGGGCAGCAGCCCUGGCCCCAAGUUCGACCACCAUUCCUGCUAUGCGGACCUGAGCAUGCUCGGCCUGGGCCCUGGUGGCUCAGGCGCCGCCGCUGCUGCCUCGACGUCCAGCCGGCGUUUGGUGUCGCCCACGACUGUUGAUGCUACCCCGUGCCCGCAAUCUGCGGCAGCCUCUCCCUCGGCGGCGGUGACCGGCGUCCACUCAUCUCCCCUGCUCCGGGGCAUGUGA